AUGACUGUCAAAUCGUUCCUCCAGCGGCUUGAUCAACGGCUGCAGACUCAAGACAGCAGGAUCCAGAAAAGAGAUGGGACGAGGAAAUGGGGAAAUGAAGAUCUCGACCCAACACCGGUUCAGCAAAGGACAUGGAGGCAUUGGAACUACUUCAUGUUCUUUUGGGCGGUUUCCUUCAACCCCAAUCAGUGGAAUACAGGCUCAAGUCUGGUGAAUCAGGGACUGAAAUGGUGGCAUGCUCUUCUCUCCAUUGCAGUGGGAAAUUUGCUCUGCUCCGUCGUUUUGGUCAUUCAAUCCCGCGGACCCGCUGUUUACCACAUUGGAUAUCCCGCCUUUGUGCGCGCCAGUGCAGGCAUGUUUGGAUCGCUGUGGUUCAUCUUCCUCCGCGGCGCUGUCGCCAUCAUCUACUUCGCGACCCAGACGUUUUAUGCGGGGAAGUUGUUUGACGUGAUGCUUCGAUGUGCAUUCGGCCACAACUGGCAAGACAUCCCGAACCACCUGCCCGAAAGCGCCGGCAUCACCACGAGGGGCCUGGCUGCGUUUUUCCUCUACUGGGCUAUCCAGCUGCCCUUCAUGCUGAUCCACCCGCAGCGCGCCAAGUGGCUCUACACGAUCAAGAGCACAAUUGCGCCGCCGGUGCUCAUCGCGGUCUUUGGGUACGUGGUGGGCAAGAACGGGGGCUUGACGGGCUCGUCGCAAAUCACAAAGACCUCGACGACCACCGUCCUCGGCUGGGCGUUCAUGAACGGCAUCAACUCGGUGUGUGGCAGCAUCUCGCCCGAGAUCAUGUCCAACGCGGAUCUCGCCAGAUACGCCAAGAAACCCUCGGACGCUGCGUGGGCUCAAGCCGUGGGUAUCUUCACCAGCAAGACGUUUGUCAUCUUCAUGGGCAUUGCGUGCUCCAGCGCCUCGCUGAACCUCUGGGGCACUGCGUACUGGAACAUGUGGGAUCUCCUGGGGGCCAUUCUGGACCACAACUGGAACGCCGGCGCGCGGACAGCCAUUUUCCUUGUCUGCUUGAUCCAGGCACUCGCUGUCAUGGCAACCAAUCUGGCGUCAAACUGUCUGCCCGUGGGCGCGGACUUGACGGGGCUGUUUCCCAGAUACUUCAAUAUUCCGCGAGGUCAGGUCUUUUGCGCCGUCAUCAGUCUCGCCGUGGUGCCUUGGAAACUGCAGGAGUCGGCACAGACGUUCCUGACCUUCUUGGGAUCCUACGUCGUCUUCAUCGCCCCAGUGAUUGCCAUAAUGAUUGUCGACUACUGGGUCGUCCGCAAGGGUAACAUCCACGUGCCGUCGCUGUACGACGACAGCCCCGACAGCCCCUACUAUUACUGGAAGGGGUUCAACCUACGCAUGUUCGCAGCGUGGGUCGCCGGCGUCGUCAUCGUGAUUCAUGGGCUCGCGGGCUCUUACAACCCCCACUUCAGCCAGGCCAGCAAGGACAUGUACACCAUGGGCUUCAUCCUGGCGUCCCUGACCGGCGGUUUGGCGUACUACAUCCUGGUGCGCAUCUGGCCCAUCACGCCGUAUCCCGCGGAUCGUGUCGGCAUGCCCUUGACCCUGGAGUUCCUUGGUCCGACGGACGGGUACUUUGAGGACGACGUGAUCGACGGCGUUGGCAGUGAGCAUCACCAUCGCCAGGAGGCAUUUGCUGAGAUGAUGAUGACGCCCAAGGAGAAGGAUGUGGCGCACACUCUCACCGCUUUGGCUUGA